AUGGCAUCCGCAGCAACAGAGGCAGAGAAGGGGUCUCCAGUUGUGGUGGGCCUGCUGGUGGUGGGCAACAUCAUUAUUCUGCUGUCAGGCCUGGCCCUGUUUGCCGAGACGGUGUGGGUGACAGCCGACCAGUACCGCGUGUACCCACUGAUGGGCGUCUCGGGCAAGGAUGACGUCUUCGCUGGCGCCUGGAUCGCCAUCUUCUGCGGCUUCUCCUUCUUCGUGGUGGCCAGCUUUGGGGUGGGCGCAGCACUGUGCCGCCGCCGGUCCAUGAUCCUCACGUACCUGGUGCUCAUGCUCAUCGUCUACAUCUUUGAGUGCGCCUCCUGCAUCACGUCCUACACUCAUCGUGACUAUAUGGUGUCCAACCCAUCCCUGAUUACCAAGCAGAUGCUGACCUUCUACAGUGCAGACACAGACCAGGGCCAGGAACUGACUCGCCUCUGGGACCGUGUCAUGAUUGAGCAAGAGUGCUGUGGCACAUCCGGGCCCAUGGACUGGGUGAACUUCACAUCAACCUUCCGGGCAGCCACCCCGGAGGUGGUGUUCCCCUGGCCCCCACUGUGCUGUCGGCGGACUGGCAACUUCAUCCCCCUCAGUGCAGAAGGCUGCCGCCUGGGCCACACAGACUACCUGUUCACCAAGGGCUGCUUCGAGCACAUCGGCCAUGCCAUCGACAGCUACACGUGGGGUAUCUCAUGGUUUGGGUUUGCCAUCCUGAUGUGGACGGUGAGAGGCGGGAAGCCUGUGGGCGAGGGGGGGAUGUGGGUGUGGGGCUGGAGCGCCCCUCACCUGACUGCCUCCUCAUCCAGCUCCCUGUGAUGCUGAUAGCCAUGUAUUUCUACACCAUGUUGUGAGGAAAAAGGAGGGAAGGCCACGUGCGCACCUCGGCCGCCUCCUCCUUCUCCCGUUCCGGUUUCCUCCGGCUGAGGUCUGGAUGCCUGCCUCACGUCUCCCCUUCCCACCUCCCUUAACCUUCCCUCCUUCCUCUCUUUUACCUCUUCCUUCUCUCUUUUACCAACUUUCUGAGCCCUGCUGAGACUUGGGGGUGCCCUGAAGCCCUUGGACAUGUGUACAGGGACCCUUAGCCCUUGACCUCAUUUCACUCUGCUGAUUCCUGGCGCAUCUUUCAGUGUCAGCUUAAAGUCCUGUGCUCAAGGGACCCUUCCCAGAUCCCACUACCCACA